AUGUCCAGGCUCCAGAGUCUGAAGGUCUUCGUCAGCCAGCGGCUCACUGCGGCUGUGGACGAGAUAUUCGGACUUUUUGAGAAAACAAUCAGCGAGUAUGAAGAGGAGCUGAACCGCCGCCAUCGGAGAAUGCUGGAUGUGGUUUUAACUCCUGAAAUAAAACAGAGAGAUGUUGAGCAGCUGCUGAGGAAAGAAGAGGUUCCCCCUGAGCAGCAGGAGUGGAGCCCCAGUCUGGACCAGGAGGACCCAGAGCCCCCCAACAUUAAAGAGGAACAGGAGGAAGUGUGGAGCAGUCAGGAGGGAGAGCAGCUUCAAGGGCUGGAGGAGGCUGAUAUCACCAAGUUCACCUUCACUCCUGUCCCUGUGAAGAGUGAAGAUGAUGAAGAGAAACCUCAGUCCUCAGAGCCUCAUCAGAGUCAGACUGAGGAGAACAGAGAGGACUGUGGAGGACCAGGACCAGACAGGAACCCAGGUCCAGACCCAUGUUUACAGCCUCAGACUGAGGACAAGGAUGGUGAUUGGCAGGAGACCAGUGAAGCUCAGUCUGGUUUAAACUCUGAAAUGAAAGUGUUUUGCUGCAGAUUUGGCACCAAACAAAAUCUGAGGACACACAUGAGACACCACACAGGAGAGAAACUGUUCGGGUGCUCUGUGUGCGGUAAAACUUUUAUCGAAAGUGGAAAUCUGAAGGUUCACAUAAGAACUCACACCGAAGAAAAACCAUUCAGCUGUUUAGUUUGUGGUAAAGGAUUCACACAAGGACGAUAUCUAACACAUCACAUGACCGUUCAUGACACAGAGAAACGACUCAGCUGCAGCGUCUGUGACCAAAGAUUCACUUUGUUAAAUCAGCUCAGAGACCAUCGGUGCGUUGGUGAGUCCUCACAGAUUCAUCAGAGUCAGACUGAGCCUGCAGCCAGCAGCUCAACUCAACACAUGAAGAAAUCCUUCUGCUGCUCUGAGUGUGGUCAGAGAUUCGGCUGUAAGUCUUAUCUAAAGAGCCACAUGAGGAUCCACUCGGGAGAGGAACCGAUCAGCUGCUCAGUCUGUGGGAAAAGUUUUGUCCUUCGCUCACAUUUAACUGAACACAUGAGGUGUCACACAGGAGAACGACCCUUCAGCUGCCGCGUCUGCAACAAACGCUUCAGAUUCAGUGGAAACGUUUGGAGACACAUGAAAAUCCACUCGAGAGAGAAACGACUCAGCAGCAGUUUCAGUGACACAGUUAACUGACAGACAAGAACCAGAACCAGCACUCUGAUCCAUGAAGACAACCAGAUACUAACAACAGGACUGAAGUCAGUGUCACAGCUUCUGCUGGUUUAAACCAUUAAUAAUUCUCUCUAUAUGAAAUGGGGUGUUAUAAUUAUUUAGUCACAGUCAGAUCGUCACAGUGACGAGAUUUCUGUCUUAACAAAUGACUCAGAUACAGAAAGUAUUCAGACCCUUUGUUAUGCAUCCUACUUCUAUCAGUGGUCCUUGAGAUGCUUCUACAACUGGACUGGAGUCCACCUGUGCCUGAUUGAAUUCAUUGGACAACAUCAGGAUGGACACACAUCUGUCUGUAUAAGGUCUCACAGUCGAUGGUUUGGCUGUCGUGACUGCUGUUACACAGGCUGUGAAUAUUUUCUUUCUGUCCAAACUGAUGAGUUCAAUAAACAACAUCACACUUUCAGUCUUUGUUUUUCUGUUUUAGGUUUAACUCAGACUGAAAAUAAAGCUCAUGAUUGUGCAGAUGAAAUAAAAUAUGGCAACAGAACAAACUAUAGCAGGUUUUUCUAGUGUGAAUAUUAAAUAUUAAACUAUAUUCUGUAAAUGAACCUCUGCUGUCAAACAAACAAACUAAUGAUAAAUUAUCUGAAUUACAUUUUAAACGUUCUUUUCUCUGCAGUCCAGCAGAUAUCAGCAGGUAACAGUAACAGUUGUUGACCACUAGGGGUCAGUGAGUCAACACGGUGGAGUUUAUUCCUGAGCUGCUGUGUUUAGAGUCAAUGUAUGAAAAUGUUCUUUUGUUUAAUAAACAUUUGAUUCAAGAUUACUGAUUAAUAAAUAAUGAAGUUUCCACA